GUACGGCAUGAAUUGUCUUAUCCAGUUUGAAGAUUUUGCCAAUGCUAACGCUUUUCGUCUCCUCAGUAAAUACCGCAACAAAUACUGUACAUUCAAUGAUGAUAUUCAGGGCACUGCGUCUGUUGCAGUCGCUGGCAUCUUUGCAGCCUUAAGGAUCACAAAGAACAAGCUCUCUGACCAUAAGUUUGUUUUCCAGGGAGCUGGAGAGGCUGCGAUGGGCAUAGCUCAUCUCAUCCUCAUGGCUAUGGAAAAGGAAGGAAUUUCACGAGAGGAUGCCAUCAAAAAAAUUUGGAUGGUGGACUCCAAGGGACUGAUUGUGAAGGGCAGGAGCCACCUGAACCAUGAGAAAGAAGUGUUUGCCCAGGACCACCCCAGUGUGAACACACUGGAAGAGGUUGUGCAGAAAGUGAAGCCUACAGCAAUUAUAGGUGUUGCAGCCAUUGCAGGAGCUUUCACUGAGAAGAUUUUGAAGGACAUGGCAGCCUUCAAUGAGAGGCCCAUCGUGUUUGCCCUGAGCAACCCCACAAGUAAAGCGGAGUGCACAGCGGAGCAGUGCUACCGCCUCACCGAGGGCCGGGGAAUAUUUGCAAGUGGGAGUCCAUUCUCAAAGGUUACCCUGCCCAGCGGACAGACGUUCUUCCCUGGCCAAGGAAACAACGCCUACGUCUUCCCAGGAGUGGCACUGGGAGUCAUUGCCUGUGGAGUCCGGCACAUCUCUGAUGAUAUCUUCCUCAUCACAGCAGAGUCUAUUGCUGCCGAGGUGACAGAGCAGAAUCUUGCAGAAGGAAGACUCUAUCCCCCCUUGGACAGCAUCAGAGAGGUGUCUCUCAAAAUCGCUGUGAAAAUUGUUGACUGGGCCUACAAGCAUGGUCUUGCUUCUUGGUACCCCGAGCCAGCAGACAAGGAAGCCUUUGUGAAACGGCUCGUUUACAGUCCUGAUUAUGAUUCAUUUGUUAUUGAUGAUUACAGGUGGCCUCCCGCAGCCAUGCAAACACAAGAUGUAUAAGGUUUUGUGAGAACUGUUUUCUCAUUUUUACCAUCAGUUCCCAUAGUUCGUAUCAUUGCUGAUAAAAAUGCACCUCCAGGCUUGCAGAAUGAUAAAAGUAAAUGAAUCCAA